AUGGAGCUUUGCCACAAGAAUCAAUGGGGUUUACCAAAGUACACCUCUAUGAGAUAUGGGCCAGAUCAUAACCAUGCUGCCAUAACCAUGCUGCCAUGCUUGCUUUUCUUCACUUCAAUUCUCCACCUCCUGGGUCCUGAGGACACUCAGUUUAAGGCAACAGUUACAGUUGGUGAUCAAAUUUUUGAGAGCUCUAGAUCCUUCAACACUUCGAAAGACGCUGAAAGUGAUGCUGCAAAGGUUGCUUUAAUGUCUUUCUUAAUGGAAAACUUUCAAGAGGACGAGUCUCGAGUUUACAAGAUUCUCUUGCAAGAGAUAGUUCAGAGAGAAGAUUUAAGCACUCCAGUUUAUAAAACUAUAAAACGUGGUGAACCCCACAAGCCUAUUUUCUUUACUAGUGUGGAGCUGGAUGGAGAAAUUUUCCAUGGGAAAGCAGCAAAAUCCAAGAAACAAGCAGAGUUGGAUGCUGCAAGGGCUGCCUAUGUCGCUCUUAAGGAACGUGGAUCAAUUCAGAAUGUCAACUUCACUUCCUCUAGUUUAGGAGCACAUACUCCCAAAUCAACUUGGAGCUCUGGUGUGGCCUAUGACUUGGUACAGAGUCUCAAACACCAAUGCAUUUUGGUUCCACAUCAACCUCAGACUUAUGUUGAAGCUAAAGAGAAGUUUGAUACAUUAGCAGAUUUAGCAGAAACCAUUGUAAGCACAAUGGAAGUGGACAACUCAUACCCUGCAAUAACAUCUCAUAUGGAAAAACUGAAUGAAGCUGAGAAAGUCUCUGCUGUUUCUUCUCCUUCAGUAACAAACUCGAUGAGCAGUGAUGUGAAGAGUUACUUGCUUUGCAACAAGGUGAGAGUGUACUCACAGUUGCCCAAUCAUCCAUUCCCAGAAGACAUUACUGUGCUCCCCAUUAGAGAAGACAAGUGGGUAGCUGUCAGCUUGGAAUUCCCAAAUGAAAACAACAAAGAAUAG